AUGUUUGGUCCAGUCAGGCCUCUAAAUUCUUAUUCACUCUUUCUCUACAGACAGAAAAUGGGGAUGAUCUUUGAACGCGCUCUCUUCAUAACUGUAAUAGUACUGAGCUUUAUAACCCUGUGUGACACCAUCAAGCCCACUCAGAGACCAAAGUACCAGUACACCAAGAAACCCCCUCGAGAGCUGGUCCAAACCACUGUAUAUGUAGGCAAGCCUACAGUCACAGCACGGAAUGUGGACUACACCAAAACCAGAGAGCGCUUCCCUGCGCACGUCACAGAGAGCACUACAGUUCCUGCUGACAGCUAUGUAGACUACCCUACAGACACCACCGCAUCUCCCACCACGGCCAAAGACAAUUACACACUAGACUACAAUGAAUGCUACUUCAACUUCUGUGAGUGCUGCCCUCCAGAGAAAGGCCCACAAGGCUUCAAAGGAGAUCUAGGACUGCCAGGCCCACCUGGAGAAAAAGGAGCACCUGGACCCAAAGGUAUGCCGGGCCCAAUAGGGCCAAAGGGCUUUUCAGGAUCUAAAGGCGAUAAAGGAGAGAAAGGUAAUCAAGGAAACAUAGGACUGACUGGGUCUCCAGGCAUCCAGGGAAAGGCUGGAAUGAAAGGUGAGAUGGGUAUUAAAGGUGAGAAGGGUGCAGCUGGACUGCCAGGAUUCAAAGGUUCGAAAGGAGAAAAAGGAGAUCCAAAUUUGAAUGUGUCAAAAGGUGAUCAGGGAGAGCCAGGCAAAGAUGGACCACCGGGACCCCAAGGCAUGACUGGUGAAAAGGGUGAAAAGGGUGAUAGAGGAGAGUGCGGUUUACUUGGUGACAGUGGCCACAAAGGUGAGCCAGGUGAUCCUGGACCACCAGGUGUGCAUGGAGACCCUGGUCCAUCUGGGCAACACGGCAUGCACAAUCUAGUGAUCCUGAAGCUGGAUGUGGGAGACGAGGUGUGGGUAGAGACGCUGAGAGACUGGAACGGUGUCUACUCCAGCAGCGAGGAUGACAGCACCUUCUCUGGGUUCUUGCUCUAUCCUGACUAACACCUUCUUCAUGGCUAGAUCUUGAACUG